UGCCGUCAGACUUCCUGUUGUGCCCCAACCGCCAGAGAAUGGAGUCUAUAUUUUUCCAUGUUUAGAUAGUGAUUUAAACAUCACCCAUGGAUUGAGAAGCAGUGAAAGUCCGUCCGGAACAGUGUUCGGCAUGAUUGAGGUGGUGGCUAAACUACUCCGAGGCCCGGUCUUCCUGACGGGCGAAGAGCUGGAAUGUGUUAUAACUUUCACCAAUCCCGUCACGGCUCGCUCCACCUCGGCCAGCAGUGAGAUGUUGGCAUGGGCAAGUGCUCAAAUACAUUGCCAAUUUCAUACUAGUGAGAGUCGUGUUGCACUUCCUCCCUCUGAAGACACAAAGUAUGAUGUGCAGGCUGAAAAUGAAACUGUAUUUGUUCCAAACAGAGGUGAAAGAGGAAAAUGUAUUUUAGCCACUAAUCCCAAGAUACUGUUCUGUGACCUGUGCCUUGAUCCUGGUGAAUCAAAGUCAUAUUCCUACUGUGAAACUGUACCUCUUGAUGGUCCACCAUCCUUCCGAGGCCAGUCGGUGAAAUAUGCUUAUAAAUUGACGGUUGGUUGCCAAAGAGUAAAUUCUCCAAUCAAACUUCUUCGGGUUCCUUUUCGGGUAUUUGUCGUUUAUGGAUUGGAAAAUUAUCAGUUUCCUCCAGAUGAGGCUAUGGCACCUACAAAUCCAUUUUUGGAUGAAGAUGAAAGUACUAAAAAAGACACCAGAUUAGUCGAUCUUGCAACUGAAAUGUUGAUGACCAGCACAUCUCGCCGUAGUCUUCAUUUGUAUAACAUUACUAAUGUCAGGGGAAAAGUUGGAAAGUUCUGCAUUUUCAAAACUAUCUAUAAAAUUGGAGAAGAUGUAUUGGGCACAUUUGAUUUCUCUGAAGGAGAUAUUCCAUGUUUACAGUUCUCAGUAUCUUUGCAGACUGAAGAGCAUGUACAAGAAGAUUAUCAAAGAAAACCAGGGCAACCUGUUUCACUGAGUACUCAUGCUCGGCAUCAGGAAUCAUGUUUGCAUACUGCUAAAACUCAUUUCAGUUUACCAGUUCCACUUAGUGCUACACCCAGCUUUAUGACCACUGUAGUAUCCUUGAAGUGGCGUUUACACUUUGAGUUUGUCACUGCUUGUGAGCCAGUGGAACCACCUACUGUACUUGAGAACCAAUCGGAGAUAAUUACUUGGACUGGGGCAGGGAAAAUAGAUGUGGACACAUUCAGCUGGGAUCUGCCAAUAAAAGUGCUUCCAACUAAUCCUGUACUCGCAUCAUAUGUUUCACAGUUGACAUCUUUUCACUCCAUUACUAUCUGAAAUUCAUUUGAGAUUUUGGAGAAGCAGUUGAAUAGCAACAACAAAUGAAAAAACAAGCAAUGAUAUUACUUAAAGUAUUACGUAGUUCUUUUAUUUCUUAAUCAAAAAUUACUGGAACUUACCACAGAAUGCAAUUCCAAAUCACAGUAUUUCUUCAUGGAAGUGUGAGGAACAAGAUUAGCAAUGACUACAGUUUCUCCCAUCAUUGAAUGGACUAAGAUGGAACACUGCACCUACCACAUUUUGUUUUUCAUUUUAGACAUCCAAUUUCAAAAAUUCCUUACAUUGAUAAUGAUGAGAAGAUUUUAUAUGGAGAACUGUUUUGUCUAGACGGUGUAUAGCUUUUGGAACUGGUAGAUCUGAAGUGCUUUUUAUUGUGGGUUUUGCUGUAGAUAGUCUAAAUUCUGUAUCCCACAACUGAGAAGAAUUGCAUCUUCACAUUGGUGCUUCUUGUAUUUGCAUUUAUUUAUCUUAAAAGCUUGUUGCACAAUUA